GUGUUAUCAGUGAGGAUCCGCCAGGCAGACCAGUGUAGGCUACUGCUGCCUCAGAAAGUCCAAGGAAGUAGCCGGCUAGCUAGCACUAAUGCACCUAGCUUGUGCUUUGCAUGAUCAAUUUCUCAUGUCCAUCGCUUUCAAGGCUUGGUAACUUUAGACUUAUUGGCAACCAGGCUUCCAAUGUGAUUUCUGCCAUGUGAAAACUCACAGGCAUCCGGCUACCUGACGUUAGCUAUAUAACUAGCUAACUAGUAGCUCUUACAGUACUAGCUAAGGUCGCUUUGCUAGUACCAGCUACAGGUACCUUGCUAGCCGGUGUUAGCGAAAAAUCCCUCUCAGCUGCAGGACAUGGCUGAGGUAAGAUGUCGGAGGGCGGUGUUGCCAGUAGAGCGACAGGAUGGCGAGGAAGACCUGGAGUCCAAGGACAACCCGCAUAAUUCAGGAGAUCCAGUCAGUCAUGAUGAUGUAGAUGCCACAGACGUGGGUGGUGUAGAAGGGACACAGGAGUCUGUAAAGAAGCGGGAAGAGAAGGACCAGGGAGAAACUAAGCCGGUGGAGGAGAAAACGGGAGAAAAGGAGGACGAGACCGACAAACAGAUGCCGUCUCCUGUUAAAACAUCCACACGCUCCAGUAGAUCGGUGAUGCUUCAGCGGCUAGUGAAGCUGUUCUUUGGCUGCCUAGCAGCGGUGACCUGUGGGAUGAUGUAUGCGGUAUAUCUCUCCACAUACCACGAGAGGAAGUUCUGGUUCUCAUCCAGACAGGAACUGGAGCGUGAGAUAACCUUCCAGGGUGGCAGUGGACUGUACUACUACUACUAUAAACACAUGCUGACGGCACCCUCGUUUGAAAGAGGUGUCUACGAGCUGACCAGAGACAACAGGACCGUGUCUGGUCAGACCAUCAACGUGGUGGAGCGCCUGUCUCUCUACCCAGAGCUAGUCACCAGCCUCCUGUACAGAGUCACUGGGAGUCAGGAGGUGAUCGAGCCUGUGUACUUCUACAUCGGGAUGGUGUUUGGUCUCCAGGCCCUGUACGUCACAGCCCUGUUUGUGUCCAGCUGGGUGAUGAGUGGGACCUGGGUGGCAGGUAUGCUGGCCGUGGCGUGGUACGUCAUCAACAGGCCAGACACGACCAAGGUGGACUAUGCCAUCCCACUGAGGGACAACUGGGCCCUGCCAUACUUCUCCUGCCAGGUGGCAGCCUUGACUGGGUUCCUCAGUAACAACAUCAACUCUGCCACAGAGAUGUUCUGCUAUCUUCUGAUGAGCGCCACAACCUUCACGUUCGUCCUGGUGUGGGAGCACAGUCACUACGUGCUGUUCGUCCAGGGCUUGGCUCUCUUCCUGCUGGACAGCUUUGACCUUGUACAGCCACGCAAGAUCGCUGACAUUCACAAGGUGUACCUGAGCUCCGUGUUCCUGGCCUACGUGCUCCAGUUCCAGAACCCUCGUCUGCUCAGCUCUCCUCUGCUCAGCCUGCUGGUGGCCUCCGUCCUCGCUAGGUACUUCCAGCCUGUCUCGUGCGUGCACUUCCUGUCCAGGACGCAGGCCCCCAUGGCAGCGGUGUUUGCAGGGAGCCCUCAGCUGCUGGGGACGGUGAAGUUGUGCUCUGGCUGGACUGUGACCAGCCUGCCCCUCUUCUCAGACAUCCACCUGCUCCGGAGCAGCGAGGAUACUCAUCAGGUGUAUGCUCUGAGAUCUGCAGAGGACAUCUACAAGAUCUUGACCUCCCACAAGACUAACUACGUCAUCGUUGAGGAGUCUUUGUGCAAUGAGCUGAGCCACACCAAAGGCUGUCGGAUCAAAGACCUGCUGGACAUUUCCAACGGCCACGUGGUGUAUGAUAAAGGAGAGAUGUACUCGUUUUCCAAACACGGCCGUUUCUGUCACGAGAUCAAGCUGAACUACUCUCCUUACACCAACUACUUCACCAGAGUCUUCUGGAACCGCUCCUAUCACAUCUACAAAGUCAACUCUGUCAUCUCCUUCCAGUACUGACACAAGUUUCUCAGUACAAACAGCCUGGGAACUUUUCUGUGUCUUUGCAGCAUCUCUCAACCACAGUGCAAUGCAAUACUCGUCGGCAGUUGGUGCUGUCAGAGUCGAGUUGAAUAUCCUGUCUCUAGCCCACUUUCAUCCCCCUGGGACAUUGAUGACUUGAUAUUCGAGGCUGACUGACUUUUAUGUGAAUAUCGUGAGAUUUCUUGGCACAUCCAAACUGGAUAUCAAUGUGAAUCAAUGAAUGUGUCAGUGAUUUUACAGUUUGGUUUUAAAAUGGCUGUCUGUGGUGUUAUCUUGUUUUCAGCGUCUCUGCUUGUGGAUGUGAGAGGGAGAGGGGCUGUGAGGUCGAGAAGAGCUCAAGUCUCACGAGGGGGUAGCGAGGGCGGGCUCCGAGGCUACCCAUGCUGCAAUGCUCUCUCUCAGGCCGUGUCUUCUUCAUGCCUUCUGGUAGUCCAGGCUUUGCUCUUGCAAAUCUGCAAAACUGGCAUUGUAAAUGUAGGUCAACCUGGAACUCUCUUGCGGUCUGUACCUGAGUGAAUCGCUCAAAGCAAAUUUAAAAAGUGUAAAUUACGAUGGCGUUUAAGCUAACAUCUUAAACAGGUCAUGGCCAUGUUUGAAAAUUGCCUUUUAAUGAUAACAAGAUCCUGAGUAGAUUCAUAGAGCGCAUUUUAAAUUGCAAUGCCAUUAUGGAGUUGUUUUAUACGCAAUGUUUUAUGUUUGUCUCAAACUUGUCAUUAUGUACAGAACUACAGUGACAUUUGCAAAGCUGUUACAUCUGUUUAUUUUUUAACGGAAAUCUCAGUGUUAAAUUAUAAAUUGACACUGACUUGCUCAGUGUAUUCAAAAUCUA